UUUUGUAUAGAACCGAUCUGAAGGAUUUAUAUAUGCUGAUAUAUCGAUACACAAGAGGGACAAUGAACGGUAUUUUAGCUAUAGAAAAGCCUUCUGGUUUGAGCUCUUCAAAGUUUUUGGAUAAACUUCAGUCUGUCUUUAGUAAUUCCGUCGUUUUUGAGAAAGAUUUGCAAGCUGCCAAAGAACUUAAACUCAGUCAACUUAAACUGGAUACAAAAUGGACAGAACAAAGAAUUGCAAACAAGGUAAAGAAUCUUAAGUUGAAGAUGGGUCAUGGUGGAACUUUGGACCCUCUUGCUUCAGGGGUAAUGAUUGUAGGACUUGGUCUGGGAACUAAGAAAUUACAAUAUUAUCUUACGGGAUGCAACAAGACUUAUAAAACCAAGGCUCUUCUUGGGAUAUCAACCACUACAGGAGAUUCUGAAGGUGAAAUCAUUACUAAGAAUCCUGUGGAUCAUGUCACCAAGGAGAUGGUUCUUAAUACGGCAGAAAAGUUUGUUGGAGACAUUAAACAAACUCCACCUAUUUUUUCAGCAUUGAAAAUGAAUGGUAAGCCAUUAUAUGAUUAUGCCAGAGAAGGUAUUCCUCUUCCAAAGGCCAUCAAACCAAGGGAGGUUAAGGUUUUUGGAAUCGAUGUACACGAAGAAGAUUCUCUUUCAACUGAUCAUGAAUUUGUCAAAUUAGAAAGUCAAUUAGAUGAAAAUGGAGUUCCAAAGGAACAUCAAUUAGCCAAUAAUCCAACAUUGAAUGAUUCUCCACUUUACUUUUCUCGUGAAUACCUGGAAAAAUCUGGAACUGAAGAAGAAACCAAAGUCAUCCCUAAGGCAUUUGCUGAAGGUGAACAACUUCCAGAAAAACUCCCAAUGAUUCAUCUUACUUGUGACGUUUCAUCUGGAACAUACAUCAGAUCUCUUAUUAGUGACUAUGGACGUGCACUUGAAACUUCUGCCUACAUGGUUGAACUUAUUCGUAGUAGACAAUCUGCUUGGGAAUUGAACAAGAAUGUAUUCAAGAUGGAAGAUUUCACCGAUAGAGACCCUAGAGUAUGGGGACCAGUUCUUGAAAAAGUAUUCCAAGACGGAGACAAGGUUAUAUUAGAAGACUUAUUUAAGGAAUAUACUGAAAAGGUGAAAAGUGAAGACGAAGCAAAAGAAAUAGAAGAAUCUACCCCAUCUGAUGAAACUAAAGAUGUCACUGUUUCCGAAUCAGAACUUCCUAAAAAGAGAUCUAUUGAAGAUGUUGAAUAGAUAGAUAAAUAAAUAAAUAAAAUCACGUACAU